UUAUGGCCUUGUCAAAACAAACCCCUCUUCUUCUCCUCCUCCUCCUCCUCGUCUUCUUCAUCUUCCCUCUUCUAAACGCCUCACACCCAAAACCUUGCUACACUUCUUCUUGUGGAAGAGGGAACAUAGACAUCCGUUUCCCUUUCUGGCUAUCCCCCAAGCAACCUGAGUCCUGUGGCCACACAGGAUUCAAACUCUUAUGUACUGAUCGCAACGAGACAGCCUUAGAGAUUCCUAAAUCCAAACCAUUUAUUGUCCAAGAGAUCGAUUAUAGAAGGCAGCGUAUUCGACUCAGCGACCCGGAUAGCUGCUUAGCCAGACAGCUCCUCAGCUUUGACGCUUCAGGGUCUCCUUUUUCUCUGUUUCUUCCUCGCAGCUACACGGUUUUGAUCUGUCCUAAAGACGAGAACGUCGUACCAUCUUUCAGAUCCAUCCAGUGCCUUGGUAAUUCCACUUCCUCCUUCUUUGUCACGGAGUUGGAACAGGUCAGUUCGAUGCCGUCUUCUUGUCAUGUCUUUAAGACGUUACAUCUUCCGUAUUCAUUCCAUGGUGACAUCAACCAACAAGACCUGUGGCUCAAAUGGGACUCGCCGGAUUGUAGAUAUUGUGAGAGGAGUGGUUCAAGAUGUGGAUUUAUAAACAAUACCACACGCCAAGUCCAAUGCUUCAGUUCUGUAAACCCAGGACUCCACAACACAAGCUUACAAGUACUAAAGAUAAUCUGCCUCUCUCUAAUGGGCCCACUCAUUGCCUUGAGCUUCUGCGUCGGUCUUGUCUUGUGCAGUUCUGAGAGAGUCUCUUCCCAGAUACAACACGCCAUGGCCGUAACACCAGAGCCAGCAAGCGACGUCCAAGUCAUCACGAGGACGGGUCUGGAUGAGUCUACGAUCGAGUCAUACAAGAAAGUUGAGUUAGGUGAGAGUAAGAGACUCCCGACCGGGUCAAAUGAUGUUGUAUGUUCCAUUUGUUUGUCGGAAUAUGCAACUAAAGAGACCGUUAGGUGCUUACCAGAAUGUGAACAUUGUUUCCAUGCUGAAUGUAUAGAUGCGUGGCUCAAGUUGCAUAGUUCGUGUCCGGUUUGUCGGAGCAAUCCCUCUCCCGCACGUGAAGGGUACUGCAACUAA